AUGGAAACGAAGCAAGCGCCUAGUGACAACGUCAAUGGCUAUCUCACUCGCGAUGUGAAACGAAUUCGACAGGCCGAUGGCUCGUGGAAGUUUGUAAAGGACGUUGUCAAUGGAACAGCCGAUAUUCCCUAUGAUCCUCCAGGCCCUUUCGGAGACAGACGCUACUUUCCAGACGAUCGUACUACUGUACAGGUAGUUGAAUUUCAUCGCGAAUCAGGUCUUCCGCCCAAUUGGCACAGAGAACUUGUCGGGUCAGCGGAAAUAGCAGAAGCUAUCGCUGAACCAGUGCCAGCAAAAUCUUGGAGAUGGAUACACUGUACGGGGUUGCAUGGACCGACUUUGGAGGUCGUCGCCAAGGCAGCAGGUUGGGAUCCAAGAAAGUUUGCUGGGGUCUUUACAUGGACUCGUCCGAGCAUGGAAUUUGCCAAGGGUCUAUUAUUGACGCACUUUAUCAACCAAUCCAUCCGCUUUUUUACGUGGCAAGGAGGUGGAUCAGACCCCGUCAAUACGUUUAUCACCUGCGCCACUGCAGAUCCAUCCACGUCCCCAAACUUUAUGGAGCGUCUUUUUGACUUUGUCGACCGUGGAUGCUCUCGACCAGAGGUCAUAAUUAGCAAGGAUCCCUCCCUCAUGUAUUAUGGACUGGUACGAGCAAUCAUUAUGGACCUACGCUAUGAAGUCCGAACAAUUCAUGUCGACAUGGAGAAGAAGUAUAACAAGAUGAUGUCCCAACCGUCUCGUGGUAAUCUCGCGGAAUUUCAUGCACUUCAAACAACCUUGAUCAAUCUCACAUUGGAUACGACCGGUCUUCGGCUCGCUGUCGCAAGUUUGAACGCUGUCGCCGAGAAAAUGCAUGGUCCAGAUCAAAAAGAAAUACCGCUACUAUCUCAAGAGACUCGUGACCGAUUGCUCGAUCAAAUGGGCCUCAUUAGGCUUCUGGAAAAUGAACUUCCUUUCAUAAUUAAUCGUGCUGAAAAUAUGGGCAACUGGACUUUCAACAUGUUCGCCUUUGACAACAAUAACCUGCUCCAAUUGAUUGCAGUCGCGACUAUCCUUUCAUUACCUGUGACUAUUGUAACGGGUAUCCUCGGAAUCAACUGGUUUGAUUCCGUACGCUUGGAUGGCCGCAAGAUCGGUCUCAUACUAGGCAUUAUAGGGGGUGCCGUCUUUAUUCUCUUCGUCCUCUUCUUUUGGUACUUCAUGAGCAGGCACAUUGACUGGCAAAAGUCGUCUCGCGCCAACCAACCUCCACCGCAACAUGUCCAGACAAUGGCCGAAAGGAGAACGUGGGCAGCGGCAGAGGACCAGUCGCGGAAUCUGGAGAACAUGCGGAUCAACGAGGAGCUCUCGCAGCUCUAUGCAUCCAUCUCUGACGGGACCGAGGCCAUCAUUUGGCAAGUUUACACACGACAAAUACAGGAAUGCGAAGACUUUCCUUGCCGCCCAACGCCAUUCGUUAUCGGGCCACCAUUUGACGCAAGGACUGUGUCGGCAUUCAACGGGGCUUGGGCUUAG